AUCCGAAGAUGCGGCACGGACUUUGGGGUCACGAGAUCAUGCACUUCCAGUUCUCCGACGGGGUGACCAAGUAUCAGGUGGCGAACGCCACCCUCUUCGUCCACGUGAAGGGUACGGGCGGUCGUACUCUUUCGCCCUCCUUCUACAUGGAGCUGUUCAAGGUGACGAAGAACGAGCACAACAACGAGCACAAACUCGUGAAGAUCGUCACGAGACGAGUGACGCAACCUGCAGGUCGCGAAGGUCUCUGGGUCCUUCUGGACAUCUCGACGAUGGUCUCCGAAUGGUUCAAGAAUCCCAGAGAAAAUUACGGAUUCGUGGUGAGCGGUACAGUGAACGGCCGCAAAGUCAUUUACACGCACUCGCACUCCAAGGUCGGGGAAGUCGACAGAUCUAAGUUGCCGUACGUGGAGGUGACGACGAAGGAGGCGAAACGACGGACCAGACGUAACGUGGGUCUCAACUGCAACGACAAAUCACACGAGACCCUCUGCUGCCGCUACCCACUGACCGUCGACUUCGAGGAGUUCGGCUGGGACUUCAUCAUCGCCCCGAAACGGUACGAGGCGAACUACUGCACCGGCGAAUGUCCGUUCAUCACCCUGCAGAAGCACCCUCACACCCAUCUCCUGCAGAUGGCAUCUCCGAACACCACCGGCCCCUGUUGCGCUCCGCGCAAGAUGAGCGCCAUCUCCAUGCUGUACUUCGAUCAGGAGAUGAACGUCGUCUACGGCAGUCUCCCAGGCAUGGUUGUAGAUCGUUGCGGAUGCUCAUAAAUUCAACUGAAAAACAACAAAGACUAUAACUAUAACUGAAAGUGUUCAAACAAACAACAACAACAGUGUUUCCUCAACAAAUUGAACGAACUGCUAUUUUUUUACGUUACACGUGUAUUUAUUGAUUAUUGGAACGAACAGAUUAAGUAAGUGCGAGUGAACCAAGUGUACUGAAAAGAAAAAAAAGACAAUUCUAUACAAUGUAUUCUUAUAUCUAUCUAUAUAUAUUCGCCAGGAUCGAUGUUUCCUUUCAUUCAGUUUUCAAAUUUACA